AUGGAUGAGAUGAGUACCAAGAUUCAAGCUUCUUGCUUACAUAGGUUGUUUUCAAAAUUUGAGAGACAUCUUAAUGUUGAUGAAUGCCUUAUAAUGAAAAGGCCAUCUCUUGCUGCGAACACUGCAUCUUUCAAAAUUAUUCCUAACAAUCAAAAGCUAUCUUUGUAUUACCAUACAUUUGUCGAAAAGUGUAGUAAAUGGGAUGGUCCACAGUUCAUUUUUGAUUUUGUUGAUUUCAAGGAUGUUUUGUCACAGAGAAACAAGGAGGGUACAACAAUAGAUUUCAUCGGUUACGUUGUUGUUUGCUACAAGAUUGAGGACACUAACAAAAAAGAUGAUGUUGAGGUUGAUUUAACUCUUUGGGAUGAUUAUGCGAAGGACAUGUGUUCGUACAUGCUUAGUCAAGAUCGUGAAGCCCAUGUUGUCAUUGCUGUUCAUUUUGGUGCUGUUAAAACCUACAAAGGUAAGUGGGGGAUAUCUAAUAAUUUUGACGGUACACGGCUUUUCAUUAACGACAAUUUUGAUCAGAUGCUGACAUUCAAGGAAAAGUUUAUUGCAAAACUUUCUGCUUCAGCUGAGUCAAGUAGCCAUGUUGGGUCGUAUGUGAUAUGUUCUGUUGAAGAUGAAUUUGUGAACAAUGAUGUUUUCUCACCAAUUGCUUAUAUUGGUUCAAUCAUACAGGUUAUUUCAAACAACUUAUAUUUUACUUUUUAA